AUGAACAUUUGUUUGAAUUCUUUAGCCAUUGUUGGUGGAAGUUCUGGUAUCGUUACGCUGUACUUUCAGUUUCCUUGUUGCUGGGUUUUUCGUUGGAUUUGCUGUUGUGGUGCUUCCACAUCUUAUUCUUGCUUUCACCUGGUGUUGAGGUGUUUGGUGGUGCCGGACUCGUCACCUUCAUACGUUUCGCCUAUCACUGGACUCACGGGUGGACGACUUUCACCUCAUGGAUUCGGGUUCUGUCUCGUCACUGCUCACGAUGGAUGA